CACUGAGCCAGACCUCCAGCUCUUAUUUUUUAUAUGUGUUAGUGCGUUAGUAAUAGUUUAUCCAGAAUAUGAUUUAAAGACUGAGCCAGACGCCCCCGAAGCCCGUUCAACGAUCCGCAACGAAUGCAGCUCCUCAAAGGGAUAAAAUUCGAAAUUAAAACUGGUGUCACACGCACAGAGUGAAGCUAAAAUACACACAAAUUAAACAACAAGUCUGUCAUUGAGUUUAUUAGUGUGUGUGUGCGUGUCAGCCGUCAAAUAAAUUAUAAUCGGGCUGUGUCAGAAAUCGGGCGAACCUUCUAAUUUUUCCAUUUUCUGUGUUAUAAUAAUUAUUUGUGGAUCGACAAUAAUUAGUGCAUAAAAUUGCACUGUGCUUCCUUCCUUCAUUAUUCGAACAAAACCAACAACAAUAUGUCUUUCACACACACAUGAAACCGUUGCUGAUACCCAGCAGUAGCAGCAGCAGCAGAGCGCAAGAGCAACGCAGCAGCAGAGCCAAAAAAAAUUAUAAUUUUAAUCCAAGGAAAUUAAAUAGCAUGGCAACAUCAACCACAAAACUUACAUAAAUUAUAAUUUAGUACAUCAGCACUAAUAACAAUAGCUAGCUUAUCACAAAAAAGCAGAAACAAUUAGAAACAGCAGUGGGGAGCCGAGGAGAAGCAACAACAGCAACAGCAGAAGAGAAGUUUUAGCAGAACCAGAGGCAGAAAAGCACUAUCAGCAGCAGAGAAAAAUACGUAUAUAUAUAUAUAUAUCAAAUAUUCAUAAAAACCAAGCCGGGUGCCGCCUAAGUGCGAGCGAGAACUAUACAGCCCCAAUACUUCUCUUGUUUGUGUACGUGUUUGCGUUUCUGUGUGUGAGAGCAAGGCAAAUGCAAGGCAUUUGUUUUUGCAAAAAAUUAUUUUUGCAUUGUUCAAAGCGGCUUUAACUGUAAAUAAAAGCAGCGGAAAAAAUAGCAGCCAGAAACAGCAGCAGAGAGAAGAAAAUGGCACGCGGCUUUGAUCAUCUGUUCAAGCUGCUUAUAAUCGGCGACAGCGGAGUUGGGAAAUCCUCCCUGCUGAUUCGGUUCUCAGACGACACAUUCUCGGGUAGUUAUAUAACUACCAUUGGGGUGGACUUCAAGAUUCGGACGGUGGACAUCGAUGGGCUGCGCGUGAAGCUGCAGAUAUGGGACACGGCCGGACAGGAGCGGUUCCGCACCAUAACCAGCACCUACUACCGGGGCACCCACGGCGUCAUCAUCGUUUACGAUGUAACGAGCGGUGACUCCUUUGCGAAUGUGCGACGGUGGCUGGAAGAGAUCCAGAACAACUGCGAUGUGGUCAACAAAGUAUUAGUGGGUAACAAGAACGAUGAUCCCAAUUGUAAAGUGGUCCUCACCGAAGAUGCGCAAAGGUUUGCGAAACAAAUGGACAUCGAGCUGUACGAGACAUCCGCCAAAGACAACAUCAAUGUGGACAACAUGUUUCUGUCGAUAACGCGGCAGGUGCUCAACCACAAGCUGCGCACCACCACCAACGAGCAGCAGAAGGACACCAUUCACUUGAAGAAUAAUCCGGGAACUAAGCGUAGAAAAUGCUGCAGUUGAAGGCGGCGUGAGAGCAGGAACUGGACACCAAGAGCGGGAACAGGACCAGGACCAGGAUCGGUGGCAAAAGCUCGCGCACUUGCGGGAGCAGAUAAAAUCGCUGUGGGGGGCGCAUAGAACAAUAUGCUAUACACAGAUACACACAGAUUCACACACACAUACACAUAGACAUAGCUAAAACCAAUGCACCAACACCUCGAAGACACCAACACACCCACAUGGAGACGUUUUUUUUUUUUUUUUUUGAUCUGUUUUCUUUUUCAUCCUGUUUUAUUCGGAAUAAAAUGCCAGAUAGCCGUUAAAUUAAAAUUUAAAAAUGAAAAGCGCAAUUAAAUGUAUUUAGAAAUUUA